AAUGUUUAAACCCAGGGCGCGGGUGUCUGUUUCCGGGUUAGAGGUCUCGCGCUGAGUUCCUCGGUCGCCAUGGCGAGCGGCGCAGCCAAUUUAAACGCGGUGAGAGAGACGAUGGACGUUCUGCUUGAGAUUUCAAGAAUAUUAAACACUGGUUUGGAUAUGGAAACUCUGUCUAUUUGUGUGCGGUUGUGUGAGCAAGGUAUAAAUCCAGAGGCCUUAUCCUCAGUAAUUAAAGAGCUACGCAAGGCUACAGAAGCGCUAAAGGCUGCUGAAAAUAUGACAAGUUGACUUCAUGGGAGAAGAUAUCUUGAUGAGAUAAAUGUCGAGCUAGCAAAGGGUUUGAAAACUGGCUGCUGUUCAGAAAUAUAGAAUGAAGUUACUGUAUGUUCAAGUUUCCAAACAUUUAUGUAAUCUUCUUUAAUAAGAAAAGGAUGAAAUGUAAAAAUGUAAAGCUUUAUAGAAAAGUGAAAAAAGGCAUAUUGAUGGAAUUAUCUAAUAAUUAUUCAUUGCUUACUUUUUUCCUGUUUUUUAAUAGACUGUAGUACUUUGGAAAUAGCAUGAUGAUUAUAUGUAUUCCUUAUAAAUCUGAGCUUUAGUUUUAUAAACAGUCUGUCAAAUAUUGCACGUUCAGUGAAUCUACCUAAAAGUUUAGUGAAACUUAAUCCCUCUGAUAUUGUAGAUAUAACUUGUUGAGAGUUUAUAAUAAAACUCUUAAUUUUGGGCAGUUUAUGCAUAAUGAAUUGAUUAGUUUAUUUUCUCCUGGUAUGAAACUUAGUAUUCAACUUCAGAUGCAAUCUUUUAUGAACAAGCUCUCAUUUAAAUCUGUUCUAGGUUUUGUUUUUAAUCAGAGAGCAGGGGAAAAUAGUGGGAGUUUGCUUGCUUCUUAAAAAACCUUAGUUCUGAAAUCUUAAACUUGUUAUCAUUUUGAUAGUUUGUUUUUUUCAGAACUAAAUAAUGCUUAUUAAAAAAAAAAAGACUUUUCUAACAAGCUAACCUAAGUCUGCAAGCAGUUACCGUACAUGCAGAUUUAUAUAUACUUGAAUUCCAUAGUACAUCUUUUAUGCAUUAUAUGGAAUAUCCUAUUGACUUCAGUAGUGCUUUAAUUAGGUUUAUAUCCUGUCCGUUACAGAUCACAAAAAUUCUAAUGGAAUAUUUGCUAUCUUUGUCCUAGUCAAAGUAUAGACCAGAGAUGUCAAAUGAUUUGGAAAGAGCCAAAUUCCAUUUUUAAUUAUUGUUAGUGAGUUUGGGUAUAAGCGUAUUUAUUCCCCUCAAUUGACAGUGGAAUAUCCACUGAUGUCUAAAAUGUUUGCAUAGAAAUCAAUGGUAGAACAUUCAGUAACUACAUUUUUUAUUUUCAUUUUAGUGUCCAUUAUCACUGAAAGGGAAAAUAUACUCACAGUUAGGAGACUUGCUAUUUCUCCCCUUUUGUUUCUGUCUCUAUCCUCCUUUCUUCAUUUCCUUCCUUCUUCCUGUUUCUCUCUGUCUCCGCUUCAAUAAUUCCUGCCCCUUCCCCAUUUUAUCUAUUGAAAUAAUUAGUGCUGAUGAAUAGUUGUCAUUACUGGGUUUAAAGUAGUGAUGGGCCUCAUGUGGGUCGCAGGUUGCCCACCACUGGUUUAAAGUCACUCCAACACAGAUUAAUAGGAAGCAGAGAUCACACUCUGAUUUAUUGUUUCAGGUUGUCUGCAGACUCAAGAAGAUAACACUAUAUUGACUUACAUUUGGAAAACUAUCUUUGCAGCCUGGAGACAGAAAAACCUUUUGUUUCUUUAAAAUGGAAUCUUAGAUUCUGUUGUAAUCUGAGUAGGACAUGAGGACCACAGAAAUUCAUCAAGCAGGCCUAAUGGUUGACACCCCUAUUAUAGACAAUAUGUAAAAUAUGAAUUCAUUUUAAUAGUGAUUUGCAUCGUUUUAUGUUUAUUUUGUUACCUGGUAACGUGAUCUUUUUGGUUUGUUGCUUUACAUAUAUGAAAUAAAACACUUUAGUAUCAAA